AUGAAGAUCACAAUUCUACAUCCGGAUCUUGGAAUUGGUGGAGCUGAGAGAUUGAUUGUUGAUGCGGCUGUUGCUUUGAAGCAAAAAGGACAUCAUGUUAGAAUUGUCACAAAUCACUAUGAUCCGAAUCAUGCAUUUAGUGAAACUAGAGAUCUUGGUGAGUGGUUUUGGUGGAGAAAUUUGGGAUUUUCGUGGAAAAUAGCCUGGAGCUUGUGAAAAUUGGUUCAGAAGCCUGGGAAUCGCAACAUUUACUGAUUUCAUUCGAAAAUUGGCUAUAAUUCAUGAUUUAUAGCUGAAUUUUCAUGAAAAGGGGCUUUGGAGCUUGUAAAAAUCAGAAUUUUCAUAGAAAUUCAGCUCCGGGGACCAUAUUAGUAUGAAAAUUCGGGAUUUUUUCAUUCAAAAACCAGUAUUUUUCCGUUUUCAAGCGAAUUUUCCAUGAAAAAUAGCCUGGAGCUUGUGAAAAUCAGUUUAGAAGCCUCGGAAUCGCAAAAUUUACCGAUAUCAUUCAGAAAUAGGCUAUAAUUCAUGAUUUCUAGCUGAACUUUCAUGAAAAGGGGCUCUGGAGCUUGUGAAAAUCAGGAUUUUCAUGAAAGUUCAGCUAGAAAUCUUGAAUUAUAGCCAAUUUCUGAGUGAAAUCAGUAAAUUUUGCGAUUCCGAGGCUUCUAAAGAAGCUUCAGGCUAUUUUUCAUGAAAAUUCGCUUGAAAACGGAAAAAUAUUGAUUUUUGAAUGAAAAAUCCCGAAUUUUCAUACUAAAAAGAUCCUCGGAGCUGAUUUUACGCUUUCUGGACCUAUAAGUACAUUUGUAACCUGAAAUACCAGAAUUUUGGUCUGGAAAGCUUAAAAUAAGCUUUAAUGACCCAAAAUUCGGGUUUUUUGACUAAUCUUAUGUAGAGUUGGACGAAAAAGCUCAAUUUCAGAUCAAAAUUUACAAUUUCCACCUAAUUUUCAGUACCAAAUUCCUCCUAAACUUCCAGAAAUCACCACGUGUUUCUCCUGGAUUCCCCGCUCAAUUUUCGGCCGAUUCUUCGCCCUUUUCGCCUAUCUCAAAAUGAUGCUCGCCGCAUUUUUCAUCGUUUUUGGGUCUCACAACGAUUCCGACUUUAUUUUAUCUGAUACAGUUUCAGCUAGCCAAUUUAUCUUGAGGAAAUUUGGAAAGCGAAAUUUGAAAUUAGCGUUUUACUGUCAUUUUCCGGAUAUGUUAUUGACCAAGAGAGAAACCAAAUUGAAGAGGGUUUAUAGGUAAGGAACUAAGCCCCGCCCACAAAACCCUGCCGCAACAAAAUAAAAUUCUAGAUCUCUGAUAGAUGGCUUUGAAGAAUACACAACUUCCCUGGCUGAUGUGAUUUUUGUGAAUUCUGAAUUCACAGCUGGAGUUGUGAGAGAAACUUUUAAAACUUUGCAAAAUCGUCAGCUUCAUGUCCUUUAUCCCUCUUUGAACACAAAAUUCUUUGAUUCAAUUGGAAGUUUGGAAAAAUCGGAGAUCGGGAUUCCAACAGAGAAUUCGGAGAUCAUAUUUACAUCACUGAAUCGAUUUGAGCGAAAGAAAUGUGUUGAAAUGGCGCUAAACGCGUUUGGUAAGGUUUUUUGAACGGGGGGACUAGGUUUGCGCGUUGGAAAACUAGGCCAAAAGCCUUUGAAACUUCCAGACGAGCUUCGAAAUCAUUGCUCAUACGAAGAAUUCGACAAAUGCCAUCUAGUCAUAGCUGGCGGAUAUGACAAGAAAAAUCAGGAAAAUAUUGAUUAUUUUGAGGAACUUCGGACGAUUUCAGAAUACAAGGGAUUGGAAAAUGACUUGAGGGUCACGUUUUUGAAGAGCCCUUGUGAGUUUUUCAGAGAUUUGUGAUACAACUUCAAAAUUUGGGCAUAGCUUCCGCAUCUCCGCUGAAAUUCCAAUAAAAAUCUGAAAAAUGCUGGAUUUUCUCUAGUUUUUCAGAUUUUUAUCGGAUAUUUCAGAAUAUGGCUUGAAAUUCGAGCGAAGCGAGUGUAAACCGGAAAAUUCCGCGUCGCGAAUUGCUAUGACGUGGAAAAUCUGCAAUAAUUCCCAUGUCAUAGCAAUCCACGUGGCCGCUGACGCGGAAGCUUGCGGUCUUGACGCGCUCGAUCAAAAUUUGGGCAUAGCUUCCGCAUCUCCGCUGAAAUUCCAAUAAAAAUCUGGAAAAUGCUAGAUUUUCUCUAGUUUUUCAGAUUUUUAUUGGAUAUUUCAGAAAAAUACUUGGAACUAGAGUUUUUAAUUUCUAGCUCAACUCUGAAUAUGAGUUAUGACGUGGCAAAUGUGGAACUUACCGUAUCAGUUCCGAAGGUGUUACUGGGUGAGAAAUGAAAAGCCAGGGUUCAUUUUUCAAUUUUCAAAGAUCUUAUCUAACUAUGUCAUCACGUGAAAAUCUAAAAAUUAAAAAUUAAACCCGGGGUUUUCAUUUCUCACUUAAGUACUAACACCUUCGGAACUGACACGGUAAGUUCCAACUUUGCCACGUCAUAACUCAUAUUCAGAGUUAAGCUUUGCAAUUUUUGACCACAAAAUCGUGAUCUGCGAGUCAAAUAAUACUAGAAAACUGAAAUUUUUCAGCCGAUGACGUCAAAGUGAAUCUGAUUCGUCAAAGCUAUGCCACACUCUACACCCCAGAUCGAGAACAUUUUGGAAUUGUGCCCGUCGAAAGUAUGUAUCUUGGAACACCGGUUAUCGCAGUCAACACUGGAGGUAAAUUCAAAUUUUCUAGGUUUCCCGCCCGCCAAAAACACUAUUUUUCGCUUCAGGACCCUGUGAAUCGAUAGCCGACGGAAAAACCGGUUUUCUGGUGGCUCAAACCAAAGAGGAAUUUGCCGCGAAAAUGUUGAAAUUGAUCAGGGAACCGCAGCUACGUCAGGAAAAUGUCGGAAAAUGUGAGUUAGCCUAAGUUUUACUCCCGAAUUAUAAAUAUAAAUUGAAUUUUUGAAGGCUCAACAACGCGUUCGACAAAUCUUCUCAUUCGAGGCUUUUCAACAAAAAUUGCACGGCAUUUUGGAGAAAAAUAUGUGAUAAAACACGACUAA